GGCUGAAGAGGGCACACGUGGGUACUGGCGCAUGAGGACGUCAACACCGUCAACACCGUCAACACCAACAAACCUGCUCCACAAACAAGGUAACAUGGCGAAGAAUAAACAAAAAGGGAAAAAACAGAAGAGCGUCUUUCAAGUUGCAAACAAGCACUCGAAGCACAAGAACAAAGCGAAACCUGUCACGACAACACUCAAACACAUCAAUGCGGUGAAAAAUGAGAAGGUGGAGAACCUCAAUCAAAUCUUCACAGAAGUCCAGAGGGAUGUUAAGAGCGUUUCGAAGUCUGUUGCUCCCGAACCGAAGAAACAAACACAGGUUGUCAGAGAGCCACCAAAGGAAUCUGUAAAUGUUGACAAUGCGGCUCAACUCUUCUCUCAGUUAUAAUGGACAUUGAAAGUGGGACUGUCAUAAAGAACACAGUGACCGACUGUUGUACUGUAUGUGUGUCCACAUCGGACACAUGAAAGUCAAUUUACUUCCAAUGCAUUUUGAAAUUUCAUGCCAAACUGGGGACUGCAGAUAAGUUGGAAAAUAGAAGAAGUUAUUCUUAUUGCAUGAUAUAUAGAUCUGUUUAUUCAGUGCCGAUAAAUAUGAUCAAUUGACAGAGUUGUCAGUUAUUAUUGAUAUUGUUUCAGGAACAUAGGAUUUCUGUUUUGUAUUGGUUAUAUUCUUUUGUGUAGAAAUGUUUGCUUCUCUUCAGGCUGCAACUAAUGAUUCUUAUCGAUUAACCUGCUGAUAAUUUUCUUGAUUAUUUGAUGACUCCUUUAGUUAUGAAAUAUCAGUAGUAAAAUAGUAAAGAAUAGUAAAAAAUUGCCCAUUAUAAUUUCACAGAAUCCAACUUCAAAUCAUUUGCUUUUUUCUGACCAACAGUGUAAACCCCCCCCCCCCAAAUAACAUCACCAAAACCCUGAAUUUGAGUAAAUCGAGAAUAUUUGGCAUUUUUGCUUAUAAAUUGGCUGGAACGAUUAAUCGAUUACCAAAUGAGUUGCUAAUUGGUUCUCUUGAACAGUUGAUUAAGCAACUGGUUGUUAUUAGCUGUACUCUCUUUACUUAAAAGUGUUGAUAAGGGUGCCCUGUUCAUCAUCUUAAAUCUGUAUCUAAUAAUGUUAUUUUGAACAAAACAAUUAUAUAACCAUGUGCACUUUAUCAUACCCUCUCUGAGUUUGGUUUUGUCAGGCAGUUCAAGGUUUUUCACACCUUUUUGCAUGUGUUUAAUGCUUUGGAUUUAGUGUAAAUGAAGUCACAAAGGAGGUCACUGCUGUGAUGAAAGCAGUUGCUUCAAAGUGUUUUGUUACCAAUGGUUCUUAUGGAAAUAUUUCAUGUAGAAAUUGUCAUCAACUGUCAACAAAACAAUCAGAAUUUAAAGGAGAAAUCACAUGUAGCAUCAUUAAAUUGUAAAAAAUAAAGUGGUGUUGCUGUA